UAUUCUUUAUUUUCCUGAUCGAUCAGUCUCAGAUACUCAUCUCCAACACCCUCAAAACAUCAGGAAAAAUCUUCCAUUAAAUCAAUGGCAAUAUUCUCUCUUUUCAGUACUACUUCACGUCCUUUCAUCCACCCACAACUUCAGCAAAUCGUGGCCAAAAUGACUCUCCUUGACACUUUACUCUUCUAUGUUGUGCACUUGGUGGACAAGCUGGGGAUAUGGCAUAGACUACCAGUACUACUUGGACUUGCUUAUUUAGGGAUCAGAAGACACUUGCACCAACGUUAUAAUCUGCUGCAUGUGGGAGGUGGAACCUAUGGACGGAGAUAUAACACUGAAGAGUUCGCCUACCGGACGGCCGAUGGAACAUGCAAUCACCCUACUGAUGACACAGUCGGCAGCCAAGGAACCUUUUUUGGUCGCAACAUGCCUCCAUCUACUUCAAGAUAUGGGUUGCUAGAGCCUCACCCAACGGUAGUAGCCUCAAAGCUUUUGGCAAGGAAAAAGUUCAUCGACAAUGGAGAGCAAUUCAACAUGAUAGCCUGCUCAUGGAUACAGUUCAUGAUUCAUGACUGGAUUGAUCAUUUGGAGGACACUGAACAGGUGGAAUUGAGAGCUCCUGAUGAAAUUUCAAGUGGGUGUCCCUUGAAAUCUUUCAAGUUUUUUAAGACCAAAAAGGUUUCUACUGGUUCGCCAGAUCUAAAGAUUGGCACUUUGAAUACAAGAACUCCUUGGUGGGAUGGAAGUGUAAUCUAUGGGAAUAACAAGGAGGGCAUGAAAAGGGUGAGAACAUUCAAAGAUGGGAAAUUGAAGGUCUCAGAAGAUGGGCUGCUUCAGCAUAAUGAGAAAGGUAUUCCCAUCUCGGGUGAUGUACGAAAUUGCUGGGCUGGUUUUUCCCUCCUACAAGCUUUAUUUGUCAAAGAGCACAAUGCUAUAUGUGAUUUGUUAAAAGUACAUUAUUCUGAUUUGGAUGACGAGCAGCUCUAUAGGCAUGCAAGAUUGGUGACCUCGGCUGUCAUUGCUAAAAUCCACACUAUUGAUUGGACUGUUGAACUCUUAAGGACUGAUACUCUUCUAGCAGGGAUGAGGAUCAAUUGGUAUGGGUUUUUUGGGAAGAAAUUUAAGGAUACAUUUGGACAUAUAUUGGGACCAAUACUCAGUGGUUUGGUUGGUCUAAGGAAGCCGAGAGAUCACGGAGUUCCCUAUUCACUGACUGAAGAGUUUGUUAGUGUCUAUAGAAUGCAUUCACUUCUGCCUGAUAAGUUUUUCCUGAGGGAUAUCAGUACAUAUUCAACUUCAGAUCAAGACAAAUGCCCUCCUGUGCUAGAAGAGGUGCCUGUGAGGGAAUUGGUUGGCACUGAAGGGGAAAGAAAACUUUCAAUAAUUGGAAUGGAGCAAAUGUUGGUAUCAAUGGGUCAUCAAGCUUGUGGGGCAAUCACAUUAUGGAACUAUCCAUCAUGGAUGAGAAACCUUGUAGCCCAUGAUAUUAAUGGAGAAGAUAGACCGGAUCCAGUUGAUAUGGCAACCAUGGAAAUUUAUAGAGAUAGAGAAAGGGGAGUUGCUAGGUACAAUGAAUUCAGGAGGAACUUGUUGAUGAUUCCUUUAAGCAAAUGGGAAGAUUUGACGGAUGAUAUCAAAGUUGUUGAAGCUUUGCAUGAAGUGUAUGGAGAUGAUGUGGAGAAGCUUGAUCUGCUAGUUGGUUUGCAUGCAGAGAAGAAGAUCAAAGGCUUUGCCAUAAGUGAGACUGCUUUCUUUAUCUUCCUUCUAAUUGCUUCAAGGAGGCUAGAAGCCGAUCGCUUUUUCACCACCAAUUUCAACUGCAAAAGUUACACAGAGAAAGGGCUAGAAUGGGUUAACAAGACCGAGACUUUGAAGGAUGUGAUUGAUCGGCAUUUCCCUGAAAUGACAAGGAAAUGGAUGAGGUGUUCCAGUGCUUUCUCUGUAUGGGGUUCGAUGCCAAAUCCAACUAACUACAUACCCUUGUACUUGCGAUCCGCUCCGUAAUAAGUAGUAGUAAUCUUAUAAAAAAAAAAGUCAUAUUUGCAAGCCGGAGACACCCUUCACAUUGCUAAUAUGAAGUUUUGUCAUAUCAGUAAUGUGGAUGAUUUAUCGAGUACCACAGUGGCUUGCACGUAGAAGAGUAUCUCGUAAAGUUGCAAGUUCAUACCCUUAUCAAUAUGUAUAUACUCGAUACAAUUUU